GAGGUGCCGCCGCCGAGCCCCCGGACGCGACCAUGUCGGAGGUGCUGCCCUACGGCGACGAGAAGCUGAGCCCCUACGGCGACGGCGGCGACGUGGGCCAGAUCUUCUCCUGCCGCCUGCAGGACACCAACAACUUCUUCGGCGCCGGGCAGAACAAGCGGCCGCCCAAGCUGGGGCAGAUCGGCCGGAGCAAGCGGGUUGUUAUUGAAGAUGAUAGGAUUGAUGACGUGCUGAAAAAUAUGACCGACAAGGCACCUCCCGGUGUCUAACUCCCCCAAAGACAGUGAGUUAAGAAAGAAUGGGAACAGCGGCCGUAACGGUUAUUGGCAAAAGCAUGAAAAAGAGAAAGCACUUUGAAAUUUAUUACUAGCUUGCUAUCCAC